CUCCCAAAUCUCCAUCAAUAUUUCUUCGACCAUUAUAGUAAAAUUUAGUAAUGUUAACUUUAUGAGACAUAUUCUUAGUAUUCAAAUUAAAAAAAAAAAGACAAAUUAUAUCCCGUGUGUUGUUUAUUAGCACAAACUCAUGAAUAUUAGAGUCUACUAAAUCCAAUUUUACACAAAAGGGUCUCAAAUUUUCCGGUAACAACUCGCAAUAGGUUGGAUUCCGAGCCAUGCUUGACUCGCAGCUCUAUAUAUCCCAUCCUCAGUGGCACAGAUCACCAUAUCAUUUCAUUCAUUCCAUUAUCAUCAUUGAUAAAAUCAAAACAGUGUUCCAUAGUUUGCUCCGAAAACAACAAAAGAAAACAGGGAAAUAAGGAAGAAGUCCUGUUUUAAAACCCCCCCCAAAAAAAAAAGAAGAAAAAGAAAGAAAGAAAAACCGGCUGAUUGGUUGUUCUUGGCGAGAUGGUUUUGCCAAGAUCAAGAAUUUCUCCUUUCCUUUGCGUGAUUGCUCUUCUGGGUUUUUGGUUGAAUGCUGCAUAUUUUUGCAGCGGAAGAAUCACCAGUACUUAUGUAAGAGCUGAAGAGAAAUCUUUGGAUAUGCCUCUCGAUUCUGAUGUUUUCCGGGUUCCUCCCGGGUACAAUGCUCCUCAACAGGUUCAUAUAACUCAAGGAGAUCAUGAUGGAAAAGCAGUGAUUGUCUCCUGGGUUACUAUGGAAGAACCAGGUUCAAGUGAAGUGACAUACUGGAAGGAGCACAGCAGAAAACAUUAUUACAAAGCUAAAGGAGAAGUGACCACUUAUAAGUACUAUACUUACUCCUCUGGCUACAUCCAUCACUGUACCAUUCAAAAUUUGGAGCACAACACCAAAUACUAUUACCAAGUUGGGACUGCUCCAACAACUCGAACUUUCUGGUUUGUUACUCCUCCUCCAGUUGGUCCUGAUGUUCCAUAUACUUUUGGUUUUAUAGGGGAUUUGGGACAGACUUUCGACUCAAAUAGGACACUAACACAUUAUGAACAAAAUCCCAUCAAAGGGCAAGCAGUGCUGUUUGUUGGGGAUCUGUCGUAUGCUGAUAAUCAUCCUAAUCAUGACAAUAAUAGAUGGGAUACAUGGGCUAGGUUUGUGGAGAGAAGUGUUGCUUAUCAACCUUGGAUUUGGACUACGGGUAAUCACGAGAUAGAUUUUGCUCCUGAAAUUGGUGAAACAGAACCGUUCAAGCCAUUCACUCAUCGGUAUCCUACACCAUAUAGGGCAUCAAACAGUACAGCUCCCUUUUGGUACUCAAUCAAGAGAGGUCCAGCUUAUAUUAUUGUUUUGGCUUCAUAUUCUGCCUACGGUAUGUAUACUCCACAGUACAAUUGGCUUGAGGAAGAGCUACCAAAAGUUAACAGAAGAGAAACGCCUUGGCUAAUUGUCCUUUUGCAUUCCCCUUGGUACAAUAGCUACCAGUAUCACUAUAUGGAAGGAGAAAGUAUGCGAGUAAUGUUUGAGCCAUGGUUUGUGAAAUACAAAGUAGACAUGGUCUUUGCUGGUCAUGUUCAUGCUUAUGAAAGAUCGGUAUGUGGACUUCAUCGAUCAGUUGGUCACUGGCUAGCUUAUAGAGUUAACACGUGAAAGAUGACAACACUUCAUAUACUUGGUAAUCCUUAAUUUUGACAGAAGAUUUGUUUGUUUGUUCUUCUCAGGAACGUGUUUCAAAUGUUGCAUACAACAUUGUAAAUGGACUUUGCCAACCUCUUAGCAGUGAUCAAUCAGCGCCAGUAUAUAUAACCAUUGGUGAUGGAGGAAACAUUGAAGGCCUUGCCAACAGGUACGCUAAAGUAGUUGUGUAACAUGUCUAGAAGAUCUCAUUAGUCUCACCUGAACUCUUGAUUAUAAACCUAGUAUAUUUCUUCUAUUUUCAGCAUGACAGAGCCGCAGCCCAAAUAUUCAGCUUUUCGUGAAGCUAGUUUUGGUCAUGCAACUUUGGAAAUAAAAAAUCGUACACACGCACGAUAUGGAUGGCAUCGCAACCAAGAUGGUUUUGCUGUUGAAGCCGAUUCAAUGUGGUUUCAUAACCGAUUUUGGUACCCGGUUGAUGAUGUUGCAGCCACCAAAUCAUGAUGCUUAACUAUAGAAAUAGCUUUUCUGUUUUUACUCUGGUAUCGUGUUCAUUCUUGUUCGCAGUAUCAACUAUCAACCUAGAAUGGGAGUGAUAGUUACGAGCCCACGCUGAACCUAAAUGUCCUAUAAUAGUUACAAUGAAGGAUAACUCCCAAUGAAGUGGUGUUAUAGCCCGUGUGCUAAUUAUACUUCGAAUUAAUAGAUGAUUGGAAUGAGAAAAUGCUGAACCAUAAACUCAGUUUUCCACCUCGUCUGCAACAUUUCUUGUUGUAGUUUUAUCUUACCUGGAAGUGCUUUCCCAUCCCAAGUUCGACAUUUGUUCCUCAUUUAUCCAGCUUAGGGACAAAAAUCUGGUUACUAAAACGCUCCACUUGCACCCUCAUAUCUUCAUCGGACCGCUGAAUAUUGAGUUUAGCGAGAGUCGGUUACGUGAAAAGAUAUUUUUCGCUAUACACGACUGCCAAUUUGCAACUAUAAAAGAGGCAAAUUGGGUGAAAUUAUUGCCAAUUUCAUUACAUUUGAACACGAAGUGUGAACUGCAAUCUAACGCUUCAAACAAAAGCUGCAGGCAGGGGAAGUGCUAUCACACACCAUCCCUAAGGUUUAAGUAUUGAGCGGUAGGGAAUCUUUGAGGGCAUAAUAUAACCAAGGAAUUGGAAUAAAAGGUACAUCUAACUUGGUAACAAGUAUUCCAUCACUUACUCUUCUGUAUAUUAUGCAUUCGGUAUCUAAAUCUAUCGUCUGAACUAAUUUAGGUUUGAACUUUGAACCAAAUAUUGGCCAAUAAAUUUAUAGUUAUUCGUAACUUUAACGGAGUUUUUUUUCUUAGAUAUAAAAUUAAAUACUCUCUCUGAUACUAAUUAUAGAUAUAAAGUAAG